UUGAGGGGUGGUUAGAGGGCAGGCGGAAGAAACGGUCGUUGCUGAGGAAGCUUCGAAGAGAGAGGAACGGAGCCGCUGAGUGGCAAUGGGGAACACGAGCAGUGAACGUGCUGGGGCGGAACGGCAGGGAGGCCAUAAGACUCCUCGAAGAGACAGCUCUGGGGGAGGAAAAGAUGGAGACAGGCCAAAGAUCCUGAUGGACAGCCCCGAAGAUGCCGACUUAUUCCAUUCUGAAGAAAUAAAGGCUCCCAUGGAGAAAGAGGAGUUUCUGGCUUGGCAGCAUGAUGUGGAGGUGAAUGAUAAAGCUCCCACUCAAGCGCGGCCAACUGUCUUUCGCUGGACCGGAGGAGGCAAAGAGGUCUUCUUGUCAGGCUCGUUUAACAACUGGAGCAAGAUCCCGCUCACCCGGAGCCACAAAAAUUUUGUAGCCAUUCUGGACCUCCCCGAAGGUGAACACCAGUACAAAUUCUAUGUGGAUGGCCAGUGGACGCACGAUCCUUCCGAGCCUGUCGUCACCAGCCAGCUGGGGACCGUCAACAAUGUUAUUCAGGUGAAGAAAACAGACUUUGAAGUGUUUGAUGCGCUAAUGGUGGACUCCCAGAAGUGCUCUGAUGUGUCUGAACUGUCAAGUUCACCCCCUGGGCCCUACCACCAGGAACCCUACAACUGUAAACCCGAAGAACGGUUCAAGUCUCCCCCUAUCCUUCCUCCCCAUCUACUGCAGGUUAUCCUAAACAAAGACACUGGGAUUUCGUGUGAUCCAGCUCUGCUUCCCGAGCCAAAUCACGUCAUGCUCAAUCACCUCUAUGCGCUCUCCAUCAAGGACGGGGUGAUGGUGCUCAGCGCCACCCACCGUUACAAGAAGAAAUACGUGACGACCUUGCUGUAUAAGCCCAUAUGAAGCAUGGCUCAGCACCAGCACCAGGGCAGCGGCAGCGGGAAGCAACCUGGCGUGUGCCCUCGCUAUCUGUAGCAGCUUGGCUGUCCAACCAGACUGGGUUGCUUGUUUGAAAAAGAGUUCCCGGUAGUCGAACGGCUUCCUUGCGCCCUCUGUCCUCUCCGCUGUGAAUUGUUUUUAGACCAGCAAGCAGGUAUAUUCCCCAUUUCUCCAUGAAACACGAACUGAGGAUUACCGUGCAGUGCCUGCCUGCCAAAACCUGGACUGUUGAACUGCAGCGUGCAUUUAGCUGGGUGUGGGUGUUCUUUUUAAAUCCCUGAAUUAAGUCCUGUGGAAACGGCAGGCCACAGCUACUGGUGACGGCACACCCUCCAUUGUUACGCUCCCGGUCUAGCAGUGCUUUUUCAUGUGCCAGCAGGCACGAGGGAGCCCUGCCUUUUCCUGUUCUUUGGGUAGUGAAUGAAGAUGUGGUUGCUCUUCCGUCUUCUCUGCUUCAGCACCAGCUCUACAGUUGCCUUUGCAAUCCAGGUAUUUGUCUGGGUUCAAAUCGCUGGCAAAAAUAACUCGUGUCUUGUUUUCAGUAGAAAGGGCUGCGCCUGUUGAUCUUGCAGUUUAGUGUCACUGGACUUGCAGGAUUAGGGUGGCAAGUCCUGCUGACCCGUAGCAUAAAAUUAAAGUGGUUUGAAAAAUUAGGCAUGGCUGUAGAGCUUUGGGGCCAAACAGCAGGGAUGCAGGAGCAUCUUGGGACUAGCUAGUUUGUUUCCAUAAUGGCAGAAACUGAGAGCCAGCCCUUCCCUGAAUGGGUGAGCGUCAUGCCCGGGGCCAGAUGCUUCUCUUCCGAAAUAGCCACAUCCUCUCCUUGCGACAGCGGACCAAGGGACCAUCCUGGCCACAAAGCCACUGUUGCUGCCGCCUUCCCUUUUGUGCCAAUGAGUGUCUCAAGACCCUGGGGACACACACUCCCAAGCCUGCUGGCCCGUGCCUUCCCUCUGUGGGUUUGUAGCUGGCUUCUUAGCAAUCUGCAGAAGCCUUGAGGUAGCUCUUUUAGUCUUGAGUAGCUCCCAGGGGCUAUCACUAUUUACUCUGGAGUGUUUUGGGGACCAGUAUAUGAUGUCCACUCGGACCUGUAUUUACUCUACUGUUAUUGGUCCUCUUCAGAAAUACAUUUUUUAAAUAAAUUGCUCAAUAUAAAGACUGAAAA